UGCGCAUUUUGUUGCUGGAAAAACAGAAAUAUCGUCAAGCCCAACUGUUAUUUGUGGCUUUUGUCUUGUUUUUUCUAAACUUAUAAAAAAUAAUGAUUCACCGGUUGCGUUUUUUGGGGGACUUGUGUUUGAACGUGAAGUUGCUCAUUUGAGCUUGGAAAUGAGCAGAGAUACAUAAUCAGCCCCAGAAUAUGUCUAUCUAUUUAGUUUCAGUCAAACUCUCCCUGUCCAUCAUCUUAAACCAAUCUCCUCCUCAGUUCAACCUUUGUGAUUCCAUGUUAAAAGCGCUUUAUAAAUAAACUUUACUUACUUACUUAUAAGUGGACAUAGAUUGUUGAUGUUAUGAUUAUAAAAUAACUAGCAAUUAGUAAGUAUUGGCAAAGCUCAAUGUAAUGUGGGGUCCUCAUACCAUGAGAGUAUAUCUGGAAAGUGGCAACUCCAGUAAAGACUAUAACUUAUUUGUGCAACCACCUUUCUGCUGUUAACUACAAAAAUUUGAGCAAGAGAAGAGAGAGUAGUGUUAAUGAAAUGUUUUUCCCAAACACUGUUGGAACAGUCUCGACUGCAGUUGAGGGAGAGGUGUCAGUGAGAGGACGAUGUCACAGGUCAAUGAAGAAAAAGGAGGAAGCUCAUUACCUUCAGGUUUCUCAGAUGAAUAAUUAUCAGAUGUUUUGAUUAGGGUUAAGUUUUAUUUUAUUUUGUUUUGCUGCAGUUGCACACUUGGCAGUAGAAAAUUGAUGACAGCAUAACAGGAUUAAUAAUUUUUAUGUCCCUAUUGGCAGGUUACACUUGAUUCUUUUGUGGUGCCUGUGGAACUGAAGUACAUGUCAUGUUCUUGCACAGCUGGGAAAGCCCUGUGCAAUCACAUGGUGGGUCUUCUGUUUCAAACUGCUCACUACAGUACAAUGGGCUACAAGACCGUACCAUUGCCUCUGUCGUGCACCAGUUCACUGCAGACCUGGCACCGUCCAAGGACAAAGGGAGUUGCACCAGAGGCUACAAAUGAUAUGACAGUGUGUAAACCUGUGGCAAGGGAAAAAACCAGGAUUAGGACUAGCGUGAAGUGCACACUGUACAGAGCGUAUGCAGGUCCUCUUCCAGAUCCUCAUAUUGAAGCCAGCGGGGAGAAACUAAAAGAAAUCCGUCCACAACCAGGAAUAUGCAAGUUGCUUUAUGGACUGCAAAACCUUACUUUAGUGGACUCUAAAUUUGGUCCUGUGCCAUUUGGUUCUGUGCUCUCAUAUCAGUGUCCUCCUGAAAUGAGCAGAGACAUAAUCAAACAUCCAGAUGCCCCUGAGUUCCCUCAAUUACCUGUUGACGGCUACAGCUUUAGGUUUCCACUAGAUUUUGAGCCUAAUUAUAGGCAACUUUGCCAUUUAGAGAGCCUUAAGAUAUCACGUAAGAUCUGUGCUGCUAUUGAAGCAGAAACCAGACAGCAAUCAGAAUGCCAGCUGUGGACAGAGGUACGCAAACCCCGACUUACAGCCAGCAGGUUCCGUGAAGUAUGCCAUGUGCGUGGUCAGUCUUCUGCCAAGGCCUUGGCAACUCGUAUUCUCAGAAGAACUCCCCAGACAGCUGCUAUGAAAAGAGGGUUGGAUCUGGAACCUGAAAUACUGAAGCAAUAUUCUGAUUUGUUUGAUGUCUCUGUGAUGCAAUGUGGGUUUAUCAUUCAUCCUGACGCACCUCACCUUGGAGCUAGCCCUGAUGCUAAAGUCUUCAACCCUAAGGAAAUGCCUCCAUUUGGGUUAGCUGAGGUAAAGAGUUGCAAUGUUGACAAUGUGGCACAAGUUAAUCACCUAGUUACAAUUAAAGGCCAGGCUUGCCUUAAGAAGAGUCAUAAAUACUAUUAUCAGGUUCAGGGCCAAUUGGCUGUAAGCGGACUUCAGUGGUGUGAUUUUAUUACAGAUACCCACACUGACUUCACAGUUGAGAGAAUAUUUAGGGAUGAGGAGCUUAUCCUCUCAAUGAGACAGAGGCUUGAUCAUUUCUAUCAUGACAUCUACAUGGAUGUUUUCUUAAAUGGUAAACCUUGAGAAAAUGAUUGUUAUAAAAUUGAUAGGCCUUUUGUAAAUACUCUCCCUAUCACAAAUGGGCUAAAGUUGUGAACUUGAGGCCAUUUGUGUAUGCUCCAUGUUCAUUUUGUAAUAUAAUUAUUCUAUUAAUGUUUGCAAUUGAUGGCCACAAAUCUUCUUUGUUCCACAAUAAAAACGUUAAUUUGAA